UGCAAAGUUGAGUUGCAUUAGAGCGCGCGCAGCAGUGUGGGUUGGCUCGUUAGGUUGUUUGAUAUAAGAAGCAAUACAAGCGGAGGUUUGUGAAUUCGCUGUCUGUGUUGGAUUGCAAUGAAAAAUAUGACUCUGAGGCGACUGAAGCAGUUAAGCCGCAAGGAAGAGGAGUACGGGAGCGUCCUGGACCGGGAUGUGUAUAGUGGGGAGAAGAAUGAGAUUUACCAAUCCACUUCAGAGACCUACAAAACCCUAGAUUCGUACAAAAACACCUCCGACGUUUACAACUAUAAAACGCUGGCUUACUCAGGAGGAACGCUGCCCAGGAAUCACAAGAAGGGGGCGUCCCUGAAGUGGAAAUCUCUGACUAACUCGCCCGCGCAGCAGAGGAAAAUUAUUAUCCUGGAGAAGGAAGACCAUGAAACAUUUGGCUUUGAAAUCCAGACAUAUGGCCUGCACCACCAGAAUGAAAACUCACUGGAGAUGUGCACGUUUGUGUGCAAGGUGCAUGACCACAGCCCUGCCCAUACAGGAGGACUCAGAGUUGGAGACACCAUUGCCAGCGUGAACGAAGCCAGCGUGGAGGGUUACAAGCACAAGGAGAUGGUGGAGCUCAUCCGAUCAGCUGGAAACUACAUCAGUAUCCUUGUUCUCAGGCUGGAAACUGUGUACGGUGACUCUAUCAGGAAAGCUGAACUGGAGACCAGACUACAGUACUUGAAGCAAACCCUUCAUGAGAAGUGGGAAGAGUACAGGUCCUUAAUGGUGCAGGAACAGAGACUCGUUCACGGGAUCGUUCUGAAUGACCCUGCCAUGUAUGAAACGCUGGAGUCAGUGAGAGCCUGCAUCUACGGCACCAGCAGUGGAACCAAACCCAUCCCGUCCCCGAGUCCAGCCUCCCAUCGGCAGCUCUACUCCACCGGGAGGGAGCCCCUGCAGCACCCCGUCCCAUCCCAGAGUCCAGCCUCCCAUCAGCAGCGCUACUCCACGAGAAGCCCCUGCAGCUCGACCAGCCGCGUGAGGAGCUGCACAGUAGAGAGCAAGGACCCGCUGUAUCAGACCUGCUUCUUCGAGGAGGGCGUCCACGACUCCGCGGGGGACAAGGGGAAGCAGCCAGGCGUCCCAUGUAGACAGGGUCUGAGCGAUCUGUUCAGCACGACCAGGAGCAGCCUGAGCAGGAGCGCCAGCACCAGGAGCUACCAGACGCGAUCCUGGGACAAAACCAGCAGCGGCAGCAACAGCAGCCAGAGUAAUUACGGCUCCCUGCCACGCAAAAAAAAGCAGAAAAGCUUCCGCAGCGCACUCUUAAAAUUCAUCCCGGGACUGAAUCGCUCUCUGGAAGAGGAAGAAAGCAAGUUUUAGCUUUUUUUUUUUUUUUUUUUUUUUUUUUUU